AUGCAAGGUCCCACCAAGGACAUCUUGAGGGGAAUCGACAAAGACGGUAUCAGCUAUGACUCGGUCAUGGUCCGAUCUGUCUCAGCAUUGGAUACUUUGCUUGACGCAGUUGAUCGUUUAACCUGCUUUGGCUAUCCAGUCGAUAUCUCUGAGGUCAACAAGUCAGGUAUGAAACCUGCAAUUCAGAUGGUGCUGCCCAAUCUUCCCGAAUACCCUUUCGAUCACUCACGAAGUUACUGGCACGACAGCAGAUACAACAAAGAUGGCUGGAGAUUUCGCAACAACCUUCGCCUAGACCUACUUGGAACUCCUGUUUCAGAUUGGAAUCCUUUGGGCGCAAGAUGGCGAAAGAUCAUUCGAAUCUCUGAGACGCCAUGGAUCGAGGACCACAAGGUUAACGGCUCUGCUGCGUACUAG